AAAACUACGAACCUCUCAACUUACAUUGGUGGCAACGGUGGUGGUAUGUUUUGUGUGGCUUUUUGACUCUUUUUAUGCAACGAUUUUUUUCUUGCUAAUUGUCAUCUUGCUAGCCACGUGGAUUUUUGCGCUCUACUGAAUGGCUGCUGCUAGUCAGCAUUUUGGAUGAGAUUUUGAGGUUUCCUGCAGUUGUAUUAAUUUUUUUCCAACCUACCUUCUUUUUGGACAUUUUUACCAUCGUUAUUCAACCUUUUUGAGCUCACCAUGCCCGAUACUGAGACGUCCAUGAGUCGACCCACUGCAAUGGUUCGUUCUACUGCCACUGAUAUGUCAUCUGUGCUGGCUUCAGUUUUACCAACAAGGUUAGCUGAGGCUGCAUUUCUGUACUGGGAUAGCCUUUCCCCCACAGUCAAGGAGGACUACGGGGCUGUCAAGAAGAGGCUCCAGGAUGUUUUUGGUCUUGACCACUCCCUGACAUUUUUCCAAACCCAUGUCAAUGCUCGUCCCCGCAAGCCCGAUGAGAGCCUUGAGGUGUACAGUGCUGACAUCACGCGCCUCGUUAUGGAAGCCUUCCCUGACUACGGCUGUGUAGCGCAGGAAGGAGAGCAGUUCCGUCGCUUCGUGGCUGGGUUGGACCCUGCCCUGCAAGUAAAGAUCCACGAGAUGGGCGCGACAGACCUUGCUGAAGCCCUCGUUGUUGCUGGACGCUGUGAAAGAGCACGUGCAGCACUGAACCUUCAGGCUUCAUACCCACCUAUGCAGACUAAGGACCAGGUGUCAAUGACGUGUCCUGAUGCUGCUUCUGAUAAACUUCUAAAAGCCAUCGAACAACUGACACUUAAAAUGAAUAACCUACAGAGUGACGUCCGCCAGCUACAGGAGGAGAACACCUACCUCAGCCAGCGCUUUGACCACUGGGCCAGUCACCAUUUUCCAUCCGACCAUCGUGAUGAAUGCCAAACCAGAGUCUACUACUCACCUGACAGACGCUACGGUCAUACUCCAGAGUUCCAUCGCGGGCACCAUCCAGACUCACCUGAGGUCCAACAGAGCAGACGUGAUUGGAUCUCUGAUGAUGACCGCCACCACCGCCAUUCCCCAAGUAGAUGCAGCGGGAACUCUCAGGAGGAUACAAGACACCAUCAUGCUGCUGAUAAUACAUCACAGGAUCCAUUCGACUGGACUGUUGUAAUCCACAGAGAAGAACAUCAAUGUCAGAAUGCAGACUCAUUGCCAAGGCGUUCAGAAGUGCCAAGUCCAUCUGACACCACUGACAGCCCUCCUGACGUCAGGCUGCCUUCUCAUGUCGUUACGAGGCCCAUUAAUGAGAACCACAGCAUACCCAACUAUGUGUGUACCACUGAUUAUCAUCCCAAACCAGAACCCCAUCAGCCGGUUCCAAAACAGUCCAAAGGAUCCUCCUCGCCUGCUUUCCAGCUUUCCACUAGUGCAUUAGAACUGCAGGAGAAACAGGAGCAUGACCCAAUCUGGCAGAGGUCAUGA